AGCUGGGGCUGACACCCGUGCACCCGGACACCGUACGAGCAUCGCCUGUGACAGCGCCCUGGUCCGGUCGAGGGCAGCGGGGGGAGGAGGGAAGGAGGAGGAGAAGGAGGAGGAGGCGGGAGCAGCAUCCGGAGCCGAGCUGCAGCAGCGCCGCCUUUUGUGCUGCGGCCGCGGAGCCCCCGAGGGCCCACCGCUCACCACUACACCGGGGCCCAGAGGCCAUGGCCUGCCUCCAUGAGACCCGCACACCCUCCCCUUCCUUUGGGGGUUUCGUGUCCACCCUAAGCGAGGCGUCCAUGCGCAAGCUGGACCCAGACACUUCCGACUGCACCCCCGAGAAGGACCUGACGCCUACCCAGUGUGUACUCCGAGAUGUAGUGCCGCUCGGGGGGCAGGGCGGGGGCGGGCCCAGCCCCUCCCCAGGUGGAGAGCCGCCCCCUGAGCCUUUUGCCAACAGUGUCCUGCAGCUGCACGAGCAGGAUGCUGGGGGCCCAGGGGGAGCCACUGGGUCCCCUGAGAGUCGGGCGUCCAGAGUUCGAGCAGAUGAGGUGCGACUACAGUGCCAGAGCGGCAGCGGCUUCCUGGAAGGCCUCUUCGGCUGCCUGCGCCCUGUUUGGACCAUGAUUGGGAAGGCCUAUUCCACGGAGCACAAGCAGCAGCAGGAAGACCUUUGGGAGGUCCCCUUUGAGGAAAUCCUGGACCUGCAGUGGGUGGGCUCAGGGGCCCAGGGCGCCGUCUUCCUGGGGCGCUUCCAUGGGGAGGAGGUGGCUGUGAAGAAGGUACGGGACCUGAAGGAGACUGACAUCAAGCACCUGCGAAAGCUGAAGCACCCUAACAUCAUCACCUUCAAGGGCGUGUGUACCCAGGCUCCCUGCUACUGCAUCCUUAUGGAGUUCUGCGCUCAGGGCCAGCUGUAUGAGGUGCUGCGGGCUGGCCGCCCUGUCACCCCCUCCUUGCUGGUUGACUGGUCCAUGGGCAUUGCCGGCGGCAUGAACUACCUGCACCUGCACAAGAUUAUCCACCGAGACCUCAAGUCCCCCAACAUGCUCAUCACGUACGACGAUGUGGUGAAGAUCUCCGAUUUUGGCACUUCCAAGGAGCUGAGUGACAAGAGCACCAAGAUGUCCUUUGCAGGGACAGUAGCCUGGAUGGCCCCUGAAGUGAUCCGCAACGAGCCCGUGUCUGAGAAGGUCGACAUCUGGUCCUUUGGUGUGGUGCUGUGGGAACUGCUGACUGGUGAGAUCCCCUACAAAGAUGUAGAUUCCUCAGCCAUCAUCUGGGGUGUGGGAAGCAACAGUCUCCAUCUGCCUGUGCCCUCCAGCUGCCCAGACGGCUUCAAAAUCCUGCUUCGUCAGUGCUGGAACAGCAAACCACGAAAUCGUCCAUCAUUCCGACAGAUCCUGCUGCAUCUGGACAUCGCCUCAGCCGAUGUACUCUCCACACCCCAGGAGACUUACUUUAAGUCCCAGGCAGAGUGGCGUGAAGAGGUAAAGCUGCAUUUUGAAAAAAUUAAGUCAGAAGGGACCUGUCUGCACCGCCUAGAAGAAGAGCUGGUGAUGCGGAGACGGGAGGAGCUCAGACACGCCUUGGACAUCAGGGAACACUAUGAGCGGAAGCUGGAGAGAGCCAACAACCUGUACAUGGAACUUAAUGCCCUCAUGUUGCAGCUGGAGCUGAAGGAACGGGAGCUACUCAGGAGGGAGCAAGCUUUAGAGCGGAGGUGCCCAGGUCUGCUGAAGUCACACCCUUCCCGAGGCCUCCUGCACGGGAACACAAUGGAGAAGCUCAUCAAGAAGAGGAAUGUCCCACAGAAGCUGUCACCCCACAGCAAAAGGCCAGAUAUCCUCAAGACUGAGUCUUUGCUACCCAAGCUAGAUGCAGCCCUGAGUGGGGUGGGGCUUCCUGGGUGUGCUAAGGGCCCCCCCUCACCAGGACGGAGUCGCCGUGGCAAGACCCGUCACCGCAAGGCCAGCGCCAAGGGCAGCUGCGGGGACCUGCCCGGGCUUCGUGCAGUUGUUCCACCCCAUGAACCUGGGGGACCAGGAAGCCCAGUGGGGCUAGGAGGGGGACCCUUAGCCUGGGAAGCCUGCCCUCCAGCCCUCCGUGGGCUCCACCAUGACCUCCUGCUCCGAAAGAUGUCUUCAUCGUCCCCCGACCUGCUGUCAGCGGCAUUGGGAGCCCGGGGCCGGGGGGCUACAGGGGGAGCUGGGGACCCUGGCUCACCACCUCCAGCCCGGGGUGACACCCCGCCAAGUGAGGGCUCGGCACCCGGCUCCACCAGCCCGGAUUCACCAGGGGGAGCCAAAGGGGAGCCACCUCCACCAGUAGGGCCUGGUGACGGUGUAGGGCUGCUGGGAACUGGAAGGGAAGGGACGGCGGGACGGGGAGGAAGCCGGGCUGGGUCCCAGCACUUGACCCCAGCUGCACUGCUGUACAGGGCCGCUGUCACCCGAAGUCAGAAACGUGGAAUCUCAUCAGAGGAAGAGGAAGGAGAGGUGGACAGUGAAGUAGAGCUGACCUCAAGCCAGAGGUGGUCUCAGGGCCUGAACAUGCGCCAGUCGCUAUCUACCUUCAGCUCAGAGAAUCCGUCAGAUGGGGAGGAGGGCACAGCUAGUGAGCCUUCCCCCAGUGGCACACCUGAAGUUGGCAGUACAAACACUGAUGAGCGGCCAGAUGAGCGGUCUGAUGACAUGUGCUCCCAGGGCUCAGAAAUCCCACUGGACCCACCUUCCUCAGAGGUGGUUACUGGCCGGGAACCCAGCUCCUUGCCCAUCCCACACCACAACCUACUCAGAGGGGAGCAGGGCCCUCCCAACUCUGAGGACUCAGACUGUGACAGCACUGAACUGGAAAAUGCCAACAGUGGUGAAGCCUUGCGGCCCCCAGCCUCCCUCCCUCCAUGAAAGCCACUCUUAUCCUUGUACAUAGAGAAAUAUUUAUAUAAGUAAUAUAUAUGCGCCACAUAAUCAACAAAGACAGGGCUAUCCCAGCCUAAGUCUGGCUCAAGGGAGACUGACCCCUGACCAAGUCACCUGAUAAACUCUAGGGACACUGGCAGCUGUGGAAAUGAAAGACAAGUACUGCCCUAGAGAUAUGGGUAAGGGCAAACUGGCCCCUUCCUGCUUCACUCCAAUACGUUCAGCAAGUGGUGAGGCGACAGAAAAGCCAAACUUGCCUAGUUUCCUCUCUCUUCUUUCUGCCCAAACUAUGAGGAGCAGGAAAGGGAGCCAUUUAGACUGCACUUUUUUGUUUUCCGUUUACUCUGUUUACACAUUUUGCACUUGGGAGGAGGGAGGCUAAGGCUGGGUCCUCCCCUCUGAGGUUUCUCAGGUGGCAAUGUAAUUUCUUUGUCCCUCCAUCUCUCUGCCCAAGCGCUGGCUUAGGGACUAGGGGGAGGCCAGGAGAUUGUGAAAGCAUGUGAUGGCUCAGGCUGAAGAACUGGGGUGUUGUUUUAAGUCCCUGCUUUUAUCUUGGUGCCUGAUUGGGGUGGGGACUGUCACAUUGUAACCCCUGUGAAAAAACCUUGAAAUAUAACCACUCCAUGCAGGCAAGCUGUUGAGGGUUUUCUUGGUGACUGAAUGGGGUAGCCUGCAUGGCUAAGUAGGAGCCUUGGGCUCCAGAUGUUAUCUGAGGACUCUGAGUGACUUCCUCCUUUUUAUGCUUUUCUCACUAACAAACUGAACAUCACUUACAGCCCCAACCUUGUAAAAAUCUACAUAAAUAGGAACAGGUCUGUCUUUAUAAAGGAUUCUAGUAGGACCCAUAAAACACCCAUUCUUUUUAAAAACAGGAGACUACCGUUUUAAGUCUGGACAAGAGUAUAGGCAUUCCCAGCAACCUGAACCCCAGUGAGACACACAUUCAGCUGCUUCCAUGUGUAUGCAUGUGCAUCCCUCCCCACCCACCCAGUUGAAGUGCUUGCUUACACUUUGCAGACAAAUCUUAGGAAAAUAUAACCCCCCAUCUUUUGGACCAAGGGCACAGCCAGCUUGCUAUAUCUAUUAAGGUCACUCUGCAAUGCAGGCUCAAGGGCUACAGAAAAAGAUGGGAGUGGUAAAACAGAAGAAAACAUCUUCAACGGAAUAAAGGCUUACAUUAAAAACCCAAGCAGGGUCCGUGUCCUUUGACGGAUAAAAGGUGCAAAAAUAACAGCAAGACACCAAAACCCACAUGAAAUCACUGUGGCAUCCAGUUUCUAUUCACAAAGAAAAAGCUCCAGUCCAUCUUUUAAUUUUUUUGAAAAAUUCCUGACAUUACAGAACUAAACUGAAAUGUAUUAAUAUUCCACUCUUACAUUUCCAUGACAAACAAAAAAAUUUCAUGAGCCAAAAAAAACCCAAAAACAAAACAAAACAAAACAAAAAAAAAAACAGGGAGAAGCUUAUAAAACUAAAUAUGGAUC